GAGAUGAUCCAACAGCAGAGCUGAACUCAGGGAAACAAAAACUGAGACAGAAACGGCGUGGCUUUCUUCACAAGGAACCUCACUGUUCUACUCCAUUUCCUUGCUUUGUUGAAAGCUGUGUGGUUUUUUCCAUGUCUGCAAAGCCACAUGUUAAUGCCCCUCUGGUGUUCAGGCUCCAUGAAAAUGCUCCAAAUGUGGUGCGUGAGGUGCUGCUGGAGCGCGGCUGGGAGGAGUUUGACCCUCAGGCGCAGGAGGAAGGAGACUGGAACCUGUUUUGGCGCAGCUCAGCUUUCCGCAGAUCAGACUAUGAGAACAUUUUGCCGUGGCAGAGGCUGAAUCACCACCCUAAAACAACAAUUAUCUCACGCAAGGACUGCCUGGUACGCAACCUGAGAAGAAUGCAAGGCACGUACGGCCCUGCACUUUAUAACUUCAGUCCUCUGGCGUUUAUCCUGCCAAACGAUUACACCAGGUUUCUGGAGGAGUACACAAAAAACCGAGGAAAGCGAGUGUACUGGAUCUGUAAACCGGUGGCCCUCUCUCGAGGGAGGGGCAUCUUUAUCUUUGAGGAUAUCAAAGACUUGACUUAUGACUCAACAGUGAUUGUACAGAAAUAUAUAAGCAACUCAUUUCUGAUCUCAGGCUACAAAUUUGACCUGCGCAUCUAUGUGUGUGUGAAGAGUUUCCGUCCUCUUACGAUCUACAUUUACGAGGAGGGCUUGGUGCGUUUUGCCACUGAGAAAUACGACCUGACAUCUCCAGACAACCUGUUCUCUCACCUUACAAACACAAGCAUCAACAAAUUCAGUUUAUUCUACACCAUGGAUAAAGAGCACAUUGGUCAGGGUUGCAAGUGGAGCAUGAGUAAAUUCCGCACCUUCCUUCACAGCCAAGACAUCAAUGAAGCUCAGCUCUGGCAAAAGAUCAACAACAUAGUGACACUGACUCUGCUUACGAUUGCUCCAUCCAUUCCUUCCAGCCCUAACUGUGUGGAGCUGUUUGGAUUUGACAUCCUCAUCGAUUCCAACUUCAAGCCUUGGCUUUUAGAAGUCAAUUACAGCCCGGCACUUUCUUUGGACUGUCCUGUAGAUAUAAAGGUCAAAAAAGGUCUGAUAAAUGACCUUAUUGACUUGAUGAACUACAGAAAGAUUGACAGGUUGAGGCAAACAGGAUGUCCUGGAAAAUGCUGCUUGCCCACCAUGGGUUUAAUGCCAAAAAUUACACGAAUAGUUCUCAAACCGAAACCUGCGUAUAAAUAUAAACAUCAGUCCAACUGCUGUGUAAAUCCUGGGAAGCCAUUCUGUUCAAAUUCAUAUCUAAAUCCAAAGACCGCAAACAAAAAAACGUUUGAAGUGCCACAUCAUUCGUCUGAAUUUGAAACCACCGAGUCAGACGACUGGGAACUCGUCUCACCUCCAAGCUUAUCGUCUAAUGCAUGCACAUUACCAACAAUCCACAUCCAUAAAUCCUUACAAAAGCCCCCAGUGCUCUCAUGGGACAAGAGGACACAUGACAGAACUGUACCAGUUCAUCGUGUUGGGGAUUUCAUACUGACGUUUCCUUUCAACGAGGUCACACAGAAAGCCUCACAGGGCACACUCGAUGUCAGGACUAUACUGCAUGAGGUGCAUAAGCUAAUGACUCCGCUAACAUCCUCGCGUGUCUACAGAGAGACAAGGACAAACAACAAUGGAGGUGCUGUAAUCAAAAAUAGAUUCACCUCUUUGUUAUGGGGGACUAGAAUCCCCUCAUAAUAAUUGGGGGAAGCCAUGGCCUAAUGGUUAGAGAAACAGCUUUGGGACUAAAAGGUUGCUAGUUCAAUUCCCUGGACCAGCAUGACUGGCUGAAGUGCCCUCGAGCAAGGUGCCUAACCCCCCAACUGCUCUGGCAAGUGUGGUGGCAUACCUUGUGUCUGAUUUAACCAAAGGAAAAACUGAUGAUGCAAUUACCAGUUUGGGCAGGUAAUCUGGGCAUUAAAAAAAAAAGUACACGCUCUCCCGUUUGACUACUGCUCAUCAAACUGACUGAGAAGAAACUCAAGCUUACACCUCUUGAUAUCUCUUUACUGAAACCAGAGUAGCUACUGUAAGACUGAGAGACAAGUCCUUGGCUGAAUACUGAAUCAGUCAGAGAUAUGAGUCACACUCUCAUGAAUAAUAAGCCAUGUGGUGCAACAUGAGUCUCAUCAUGACUAGGAUGUAAAUUUUAUUUACACAGAAAUGAAACAGAUGAUGGAGCACUGUGUUGAAGAUUCAUCAAAGUCCUUCCCAAGCCACAAGACACAUCAGACAGCACCAAUCUCCAUUUCGUAGCCCUCAGCCUCUUGCCCAUUACGUAGCUAGGGUCUUCUGGUAACCGCCCUCUGGUAACUGCAAGAAUUACCAACCUCACCAGAUGGCAGUAGGUACCAUUUUUAUGAUGGUCUUUGGUAUGACCCAACUGCGAGUACAACUCAGGAUUUCCUGGUCGAAAAGCGGACACUAACCUAACCACUAGGCCAACUCAUGGUGUUCAUGGUUCAUGAUCCACCAAAAACAACAUAUGAGCACUUGUAUUUCUCUAACAAUUUAAUGUGUAAUAUGUAUGAGAUGAGAUGCAUUUUUAUUUUGUGACCAAAGGUUGGAUAAAUACAGUAUUACCUGAUACCAUUCCAGUCUGAUAUUAUUGUUUUGUGACCUUAUGAAAGCAUCCUCAGGGGAAAAAAAACCCCCAAAAAACCCAAACUUCAUGGAGACUAAAAAAAGAAAGUUCAGAAUAAUGGUCCAAUUCUACCAUUAAAUGUUAAAUAAAUAAAAAAAAAUAACUAUUUUAAA